AGUAAAGCCAGUCCCUGCUGAAGGAGUCAAGUCAAAUCCUUCUAAGCGACAUAGAGACCGGCUGAACACAGAGUUGGACCGCCUGGCCAGCCUGCUGCCCUUCCCACAAGAUGUUAUUAACAAGCUGGACAAACUCUCAGUUCUUAGGCUCAGUGUCAGCUACCUGAGGGCCAAGAGCUUCUUCGAUGUUGCAUUAAAAUCCUCCCCUGCAGACAGGAAUGGAGGCCAGGAUCAGUGUAGAGCACAAUUCAGCGAUGGACUGGACUUGCAAGAAGGAGAGUUCUUAUUACAGGCACUGAACGGCUUUGUACUGGUUGUCACAGCAGAUGCCUUGGUCUUCUAUGCUUCCUCUACUAUCCAAGAUUACCUGGGCUUUCAGCAAUCUGAUGUCAUCCAUCAAAGUGUCUAUGAGCUUAUCCAUACCGAAGACCGAGCUGAGUUCCAGCGCCAGCUUCACUGGGCUCUAAACCCAGCACAGUGUACAGAUUCUGCACAAGCAGGGGAUGAAGCUCCUGGCCUCUGGCAGCCACCAGCAGUCCACUUCAACCCAGAGCAGCUUCCGCCAGAGAGUGCCUCUUUCCUGGAGCGGUGCUUCAUAUGCCGGCUCCGGUGUCUGCUGGAUAAUUCCUCUGGUUUUCUGGCGAUGAAUUUCCAAGGGAGGCUGAAGUAUCUCCAUGGACAGAACAAGAAAGGAAAGGAUGGAACACUACUGCCCCCACAGUUGGCUUUGUUUGCAAUAGCGACCCCACUUCAGCCACCGUCCAUACUGGAAAUUCGAACCAAAAACUUCAUCUUCAGGACCAAACACAAACUAGACUUCACACCUAUUGGUUGUGAUGCCAAAGGGCAGCUUGUUCUGGGCUACACAGAAGUAGAGCUUUGCACCCGAGGCUCUGGGUACCAGUUUAUCCAUGCCGCUGACAUGCUGUACUGCGCAGAGUCCCACGUCCGCAUGAUUAAGACGGGAGAAAGUGGUAUGACAGUUUUCAGGCUUCUGGCAAAACACAGUCGAUGGAGGUGGGUCCAGUCCAAUGCACGCUUGAUUUAUAGAAAUGGAAGACCAGAUUACAUCAUCGCAACUCAGAGGCCACUAACGGAUGAAGAAGGAAGAGAGCAUUUGCAGAAGCGAAGCAUGACGCUGCCGUUCAUGUUUGCUACUGGAGAGGCUGUAUUGUAUGAGAUCUCCAGCCCUUUCCCGCCCAUAAUGGAUCCCUUGCCAGUGCGCACCAAAAGCAGCACCAGUGCAAAGGACUGGGUUCCGCAGUCAACACCAAGUAAGGAUUCUCUCCACCCCAGCUCCCUUAUGAACUGCAUAAUCCAACAGGAUGAGUCCAUCUAUCUCUGUCCUCCUUCAAGCGCUGCACCACUAGACAGCCAUUUUCUCACCAGCUCUGUGAGUGAAGGCAGUGGUUGGCAAGACAGCAUUGCACCAAUAGGAAGUGAUGCUAUGUUGAAGCAUCAACAAAUUGGACAUGCUCAGGACAUGAACCCUGCACUCUCUGGAGGCCCCCCGGGGCUCUUUCCAGAUAAUAAAAAUAAUGACUUGUACAGCAUCAUGAGAAACCUAGGGAUUGAUUUUGAUGAUAUCAAACGCAUGCAGAGUGAGGAGUUCUUCAGGACUGAGUUGUCGGACGACGUUGACUUCAGAGACAUCGACAUAACAGAUGAAAUCCUGACAUAUGUGCAAGAUUCUCUAAACAAGUCAACCUUGCUGAAUUCUGCUAGCCAGCAACAGCCUGUGACUCAGCACCUAAGCUGCAUGCUGCAGGAACGCCUGCAUCUAGAACAGCAGCAGCAGCAGCCGCAUCAGAUGGAGCCCCAGCAACAGCUCUGUCAUCAGAUGGAGCCCCAGCAACAGCUCUGUCAUCAGAUGGAGCUCCCCCAGCAACAGCUCUGUCAUCAGAUGGAGCUCCCCCAGCAAGAGCUGGGCCAGAAAAUGAAGCAUGCGCAAGUCAAUGGCAUGUUUACAAGUUGGAACCCCACCCCUCUCGUGCCUUUCAGCUUUCCUCAGCAGGAACUAAAGCAUUAUAAUGUCUUUUCAGACUUAGAGGGGGCUGUUGAAGAGUUCCCCUACAAAUCUGAGGUGGACAGUGUGCCUUACACACAGAGCUUUGCUCCCUGUAAUCAGUCUGUGCUACCCCAGCAUUCCAAGUGUGCACAGUUGGACUUGCCUGGAAAGGGUUUUGAACCACCCCUGCACCCCAAUACUUCUAACUUAGGAGAUUUUGUCACUUGUUUACAAGUUCCCGAAAACCAAAGACAUGGAAUAAAUCCACAGUCAACCAUGGUCACUCCUCAGACAUACUAUGCUGGGGCCAUGUCCAUGUACCAGUGCCAGCCAGGACCUCAGCACAUCCCUGUGGACCAGGUGCAAUACAACCCUGCAAUUCCAGGCUCCCAGGCAUUUCUAAACAAGUUCCAGAACCAGGGAGUGUUAAAUGAAACGUAUUCGUCCGAAUUAAACAGUGUUGGCCACAGGCAGAACACUGCUCAUCUUCAUCAUCCAGCAGAAGGGAGGCCGUUUCCUGAUAUCACACCCGGUGGAUUCCUGUAGCUUUAGGAACAAGAUACUGGAACUGUCCGUGUUGGCCAUCAGCACUUUUUUUCCAAACCAGAUUUCAAUCUUUGUGUUGAGAAAAGGAGUUUAAAAACUGUUAUUGGUUACCUAUAAAAUGGGAAGCUCUGCUGGAGCACUGGGAGACGCCACAUGCAUUUUCAUAGCUUUAGCUAUGCACUCAGCGUGCACAGUGCUCACUGUGGAGAGCUUUGGGAUUCUAGAAAGCUGAGCUCUGCUCAGUGACCAGCCAGAAAGACUGAAGUUUUUUGAACUUCAGGAUUCC